GCAAGCUCGUUGGGCGCCAUUGUCGUCGGAUGUCAACAAACCACUCGUGAACUCCUAAGACACCUCAAUCACUCGGCGGUCACAGGCUGGAACGAGAGGAUGCCUCGGGAAGAUAAACGUGCAACAUUUCUAACGGAUUUGGGCCGUGCCACAAUGAGAGGGGUACGGAAGUGCCAUAAAUGUGGUACUUUGAACGGCACCCGAGGUUUCUCCUGUAAGAAUAAAUCUUGUGAUGUUAUUUUCAAAGAAGCUGGAGAAAAGCGAAAAUUGUCAACUGAGGCAUGUCGAAUAACAGCUGGUACAGAUGCUCAGAUAUAUUCUGUUAGAGUGCGUGAUAAAGGUCCAGAUUAUCGAGGAUUCGUCCAGCUGCCCCUUAUUCAGUCGAUGGACGGAUCUGGUGAUAUAUUUAUUGGAGCUGAACCACUAGAUGACCCUGUUCUGCUUGUCCAGAUGGGAGCCAGGUGUUAUGUUGAACCUUGCCAACGUAACUAUGAAAAAAUAAUCAAUCAGCCAGUUCCAUGUUCACACAUCAGAGCUGCCUCACAGUGUUUCAAAGAAGCGCAGUCUCUCACACUGAAAAAUUCGGUCCUCAACUCUUUACCAAUACCACAGUCUGUUAAAUCUGACAUAUGGCAGCUGGCGACGGACACUCCAGGUCCUCUUGUCCAGAGAGUGUCCAAGAACAUCAUGGUUGUUAAAUGUAAACCAGAACCUCUUCAUCCUCUCGGCUUCUUACACUUUAGUUUUCAGCAAGUUCGAAAUAAAGAAGAAAUGGAAUACAAAUAUUACUGUGGUUGUCGAGCUUUCAAAAUACAGCCCGCAGCUCGAGAUGUGACUUUCCGCAAGUGUGUCCACCUUUAUGCCUGUGUUGUGGCCUUUGCAAGUGAUCUCCAGCUAGCUCAAGAAUUCUCAUACUAUAUUAAUUUGAUUCAAAGUGAUGUGAGUCAGUCUCCAAACCUUAGUGUGAGUAGUGCAGCGGGAGACGACAACAGUGUGGGCAUCGGAGAAAGCAGCAGUGGGCUCGGUGGAGUAGGAGAGAGAUCCUUCUUUAUCCUGAAUGACUCGGGGGAUUCCCAGUGCCAGGUGGAGGUGGAGGUCCUGCAGGAGGACUCGACCACGAUCCUCGAAGGGAUUCCAAUAUCACCUGCGGAAAAUCUAGUGACACAGGAGGAAAUAGAAGGGAAGUUAGAGAUCCAGUUGAGAACACCUGAAGGCAUACACCUGCGAACAUCGGACGGUGGGACGAUAUCUGUUCACCAAAUACCUGACAAUCUCCCAGUGCCGGGCAUGAAGAGGAGGCAAGACGACUCGGUAGUACAGGCAAGCUCGGCCCUUCUCACCCUGCAGGAGAGCGGCACCAAAAAGAUGUCAUCACCAAGAAGACCCCUCACAGGAGCAUGUGCCAGAAAGGCAAAGGAACCGGUGGAUGAAAACACGGCUUCGUUUAGCUUCAUGUCUUGGCUAGGGAGUGUCACGGAGAGGAUCAACCAGACCAUGCAUUAUGGGUUCAAUGGGAAGCCAGAUCCACUCAUUUUCCACAUGCCAAAGCUGUUCUUCGAGUGUCUUAUGGAAAGAAUAAACGCCAGAUCCAAAAAGAAAAGGCUGCCCAACGAGACCCAGACGUUGCUGAGGAAGGAUUCCUUACCUGUUGGAAGAUUUACAAAGUACACUUGGAAAAUUGUAAGUGACCUCCAUGUGCGGCAGAUCUUUGAUAGUCCGGAAAUGCCCCUGGAAAUGACUCGCAGUUUCAUACAGAAUCGUGACGGUACUUACAAGUUAUACCAACAUCCAGAAGAAGACUCUGUUUUUGCUAAGGGAAGUCCAAACCAACCUCUUUUACGCCCCCAAGGAUACAAAACCAGGUUACGUGUUGGCACUACUGCCCCGGGACAGAAGGAGCCGACCCCAUUCAUCAUCGAAUGGAUCCCUGACAUACUGCCCAAGUCUCUGAUCGGCGAGCUACGGAUAAAGUUUGAGUUCGACCACCUACACAACGGACAGCUCCUUACCCAGAGAGAGUUGAGAGGGACACAGGCCGGGGCUCAGACCAUCGCAACAGUCAGGAGCCACGGCCCUCUCCUGGCACCACGACCCCAGCCUCAGCAGUCCCACCAGCAGUCAUCUCAGACUCCAACGCAGCAGAUCUCCACAGCUGAUCAUAUAAUUAGCAUACCCAUAACAUCGGAAGGCAUGCAGUCGACGGAAAAUAUUGCAACCAUUUUAACAUUUUAAUAAUUAAAUUUCUAGUCAGUUUGAAGAUGUUGCUUUAUCUCUAAGGAAAAAUAUAAUAUACGUUAGUGGAUAUAAAUAUUGUUAUUUAGAAGAAAUAUUAUAAUCAUAGUUUUUAUGACUAAAAUCACAUUGAUUCGCAAAAUUCCUAAUGCCAGUACAGUACUUCAUUUUCUUAUUUUUCCAUGAUUUUCCUUUUGAGCUGCAUUUUUCUUUUCUUUUUUCAUUUGAAGUCAUGCUUAUGAAGUUUAUGAUGCUGGAUGUACUGGCUGAUGUUAAGAAUUCAAACAUGCUGUGUUAAAUUUAAAGAAUAAGCAAAAGGAAUUUACCCCAAAUCUAUUUUUAUUUAAAGUCUGUAAUUGAAAAAAAAAAAACAUAUUUUUAAAAGGAAGGUAAGGAAGUACAUGGAAAAUAUUAUUAUUCAGAUUCACAUUUUAGGAAUUUGUAAGUUACAGUAUUUAGGUAUUAAAGGAUCUUUGUAAAUUAAUAUAAGUCAUUGUAGUUACCUCAGGUAGGAUCAUCUUUAUGUCCCUCGAAUGGAGAAUGAAAAGUGAGAAUGAGUUUUUACAGUACAGAAUAUUUUGCAGCUUCUGUAAUGUAUUGGUUCCAAAAGUGUGUAACUAGACAGUGUAUAUAGAUAAUAAAUGUUAAUGCAUUUGUA